AUGUUUCGGCUAUACUGAGCUUUAAAAUGCUUUUCCACUAAAGCUCCCAUUCAAAUUGCAUUACAAAAGUCAAUUUUCUUAUACAAAUUUAAUCAAGCUGAAAGCCUUAACCACUUUUUCAAAGAAAUUACAUUACCAAAUACUUCUUUAGCCCAGCAAAUUUAUGCUCUGAAAUUAAUCAUCGAAAAUCGCCAUCCACAUAGCUUUUCACCGCAGCUAAAAAUCGAUAUUAUAGUCCUCAUAAGGAAAAUUUGUACACAAACUUCAACUUUUGAUCCUAUCUCAAUAGUCGAAUUCUUUAAUUUGGCAAUGGAACUUGACAAAAGAUCAGAUCACUGAUAUAAUUUUAAAUUGGCUAUGAAUGAUUGGAAAGCUUUGAAAUCGAAAAUAAUUGAAAACAUUAAUUCGGAUUUGUAUCAAAAGAAAGAAUUUAUUUCUCUUUUCAGGUCUUGAGCCUAUUUUAAUACAAAGAUAUUUGAAGUUGAGAAUAAAAUUAGGGAAAUUAUAAAAGAUAAAUCAAUCAUCCUGGAUUUGGAAGAGUGUAUGAUGCUGUUAGAAGGACUUUUAGAUUCAAAAAUAAAAUCUUACUAUGUUUUGACACGGGAUGUAUUGAGAAGAGUUAAUCAAGCUAGAGAGCUAGACCCAAAAAAUGCUGCAAAAAUAUUAGAACUGAUAAGUUGUUUAACUAAAAUACCUCUUUUUCAUAAUGAAAUUCAGCAAUAUCUCAACAAGAUAAAAAGUUUUAUUUCCCUUUGAAAAAAAGAAGAAGUACUGUCAGUAAUAAAGUUUUAUAACAAAGGAGAAUGAGAAGAUUUAGUUCUUUUGGAAAUUUCUGUCCAGAAAAUUUUAUCAUUGAUGAGAUAUGAUCAAUUCCAUAUUAAAUUCCUAUUAAAUGUUUAUCUAGAAUUAACAGAAAAAGAAAAGUAUUUUACUUUGCUCUCUGAGCUAAUUGAAAUAGUGAAAACUGAGAUUAUCGCUAAAAUGCGGACAGAAAUGAUGGAUUCAGGAGAUCUGCUUACAUUGAUGAAAUCCAUGAGUAAUGUAAGUGAAGAGGUAGGCGAAUUGUUAAAAAAUCGAAUAGAAAAUUGUAAAUGACUAUAUUUUGGGCAUAAAUUCAAUGUAAUAAAUAAAAUUUCACACAUUUUUAUUACAAAAAAUGAAGCGUCUAUUCCUUUAACUGAUAUUAUUCCUAUAGAAGCGCUAUUAAAUGAUAAUGCUACUUCUUUAACUAGAAAAUACAUAGACAUCAAAUUGGAAAUUUUAUCAGAGAUAUUACAUACAAGGGAAGAUUUGCAAGUGAAGCUAGAAAAAUGGAAAACAAUUAUUUUAAAUGAGCUGGAUGAUAUUGGAAAAUCUGAUGAUAAAACAAGAAAAUUUAUUAUUGAUGUCGCAGAAAUGGAAAUCCCAGAAAAUAUUUUACCUUAUUUAAAACCAAUUUAUUUAUAUCGUCUGCACGCUUUCUGACUCCCUUCUUCCAGAUAUCUUCUGAGACAUUGGGGGUUGGUUUUGCCAAAAAAAGUUGGCAAAACUAACCCUUCAAUUGGCAAAUCAGCUCGAUAAUGGAAACUUGUAUACUGAAUGGUUGGUUUCACUAAAAAAGUUGGUAAAAUCAUCCCCUAUUGUCUCGAGAGAUACUAGGACAAUUGAAAUCAGAAAGCCUGCAGGCACUAUAAAAAUUUUGGAUUAUUGUGAUAGGCAGUCAAAUAAGACUGAGAGUGCAUACAUUUUAAAAGACUCGUUAAAAUUAUGCAAGAGCGACCCAGCAGCUUGAAAAGAAUUCUAUGAAAAAAAUUCUUACAUUUUUCAAUAUCAUCACAUAGAAAAUGGACUUAAAAUCAAAGAUCUCCCUUAUGAUAUUAAAAAUCUACUUUAUUCAAAGCUUCAAAAAAGGAUCAAAAGAUAA